AUGUACCAAUACCAAGGUUUUUGGCAUCAUACUUGGCAGCUCCAAGGAAUUCUAGCAUUUCAAAAACAUUUUCUUGCACAAGACACUGAUAUUCUUCUCGUUACAGCUCCAAAAUCUGGCAUCACCUGGUUAAAGGCAAUUUCUUUUGUUGUCAUAAACCGAAUUCAAUAUCCUAUUGCUUCCACAGACCACCCUUUACUCAAAAAUAAUUCCCAUGUAGUUGUGCCUUUCGUGGAACAAGUCUAUGCUGAUAACUCUAAUCCCCACUUCUCUGAGACACCUCCUAGACUCUUUGCCACUCAUAUUCCUUAUGUUUCACUACCUGAAUCCGUCCAUAAUUCCAAGGUCAAGAUCGUUUAUAUGUGCCGGAACCCAAAAGACUUAUUUAUUUCUACUUUUCACUUUACAAACAAGUUGAGGCCCGAACAUAUGGGGACCAAUUCCAUGGAAGAGAUGUUUGCUUUGUUCUGCAAAGGAGUGUUCCUAUAUGGACCCUAUUGGUACCAUGUGCUGGGAUUUUGGAAUGAGUCUCUAAAGAGGCCUAAAGAAGUGUUGUUUUUGAAGUACGAGGAGAUGAAAGAGUAG